GAGUGAGUGAUUGAAAGGAGCGGAGGAGAAUCGAAGGUUUCGUUUUCAAAAAUGUUUUCUUCAGUUUAAUUUCUCUGAUUACUAGAAAUUUCUUUUACAAGGCUGAGAAUGUAUACCUUAUUAUUUUUCGCAGAAAAUUAUGUGAUGAACAAUUCCAGGCUGAUCUUGAUUCUAUAAUGAACAACUAAAAUAUUCGUAAAAGUAGAAGCAUCAAAGUUUCUAAGGAUUUUCGGGAAGAAAAUUUUAUCAAAAUUGCAUCAAUGGGUAAUUUCUUCUUUCUUGGUCACAUUAAGCUUAAAAACUUCGUUUCAACUGAUUAAUUCAAGUUCAAGAAAAGCAUACUACAAAACAUACUGCACUCUCUAAUGACACGAUAUGUUAUAGAAGAAAAUCAUUUUUUCUAUUUUUAAGGUAUUUUUAAGGGAAUAGGACUUCUUUUGUUGUAAUUUUGUAUGAUUACUAUAAAUUUAUUAUGAGCAAAUAUGGUGGUAAAGGAGUUCUUUGGCUUUGGACGAAAGGAUCAUAAUGUGACAAACUUACUUUAAUAGGAAUUCAACUUUUCCAAAGAAUUUUUGAUCAGAAAUUAUGUUAGGAAUGAUGUUUAAAUUACAUGUUGUACUGUGCCUGGCAGUUGUGCUUGUUUUAUUUGGUGCUUCGUUAGCAGAUGACAUAAAUGCUGGGACACUCAGUGAUUUUGGGAACACUAGAAACACAGAAAGAAUAUCGAACCAAAUCAAUAGCCCUGUAGUCGAAACUCUUUACAGAUCUGCAGAUGUGUCGUCCGAACCUCCAAACAUGAAACUUCACAAAACCAAAAGAUACAAAGUAGCUAAUUUCGAUUUUGAUCAUAUAGCUUCUCCUUUUAUCAUCACAGCAUGGAUCUUCGUCGCAUGUUGUGCCAAAAUUGCCUUCCAUGUCAGCCCCAAACUGGCAAAUUACUGCCCAGAAAGCUGCAUGUUGCUGCUGGUGGGUGUGGCCAUCGGACUAGUCUUGUUCCAUAGCGGUAUGACGGUCGGUCCCUUGACACCCACCGUCUUCUUCCUCUUCAUGUUGCCACCCAUCGUCUUCGAUGCUGGUUACUUUAUGCCAAACAGACUAUUUUUUGACAAUAUCAUAUCUAUUCUCGUCUACGCUGUCGUGGGAACUGUGUGGAAUGCUUUGAGUAUUGGUGUUACAUUAUGGGCCAUAGGAUUAACUGGAAUAUUUGGAUACGAUGUACCUCUCAUGGACAUGCUACUGUUCAGCUCAAUUGUUUCAGCAGUGGAUCCGGUUGCAGUUUUGGCUGUGUUUGAAGAGAUUCAUGUUAAUGAAGUGCUGUAUAUCAUCGUUUUUGGAGAAUCCCUUCUUAAUGAUGCUGUGACUGUGGUGCUAUACCACAUGUUUGAGGGCUACACAGAGAUGGGAGUCCCCAACAUUCUUCCAAUUGACUACUUUGCUGGCGUGGCUUCCUUCUUCGUGGUUUCUGUCGGUGGAACAGUGAUUGGAAUAAUCUUCGGGAUACUGACAGCAUUUCUGUCCAGAUACACCACAUCUGUCGCAGUCAUAGAGCCCAUGUUUCCAUUUAUUAUGGGGUACCUGGCAUACCUUUUUGCAGAAAUGUUUCAUCUAUCCGGCAUUCUUUCGUUGGUUUUCUGCGGUAUAACAAUGAAGAAUUACGUAGAGGAAAACAUUUCGAAUAAAAGUCACGUGACUGUGAGAUAUGUGACAAAAAUGCUUGCAACAGCGUCUGAAACGAUAAUCUUCGUUGUACUCGGAGUGUCGACGGUGAAUGACAACCACGAAUGGAACACCUGGUUUGUCCUCUUCAGCAUUUUGUUCUGCAGCAUCUACAGAGCAAUUGGUGUAGUGGUUUUGAGUGGCUUCCUCAACCAGUUCCGCCUUCAUCAACUGAAUGGUGUAGAACAGUUCAUCAUGUCAUAUGGAGGGCUCAGGGGAGCUGUUGCAUUUGCUCUGGCUUUAAUUAUUGACGAAAAGAUCAUUCCUAGCAAGAAAAUGAUGGUUACAACAAUUAUUGCAGUUGUCUAUUUCACAGUAUUUGUUCAAGGUAUGACGAUAAAAUUUUUUGUUAGAAUCUUAAAAGUGCCACAAAAGAGCGACAGGGAGAUUUCCAUGAAUGAAAGACUGCAUAUCACGGUUAUAGAUCACGUGAUGGGAGGUAUUGAAGAAGUUGCAGACCAGUUUUUGGGAAACAAUAAAAUUCGAGACAGGUUUAAAUACUAUAAUAAUAAGUAUUUACGCCGUUUCUUGACGAAUCACUCAGAAGUAAAUGAGCCAAAGAUUUUUGAAACUCACUCCAGACUGAACUUGUUGGAUGCUAUGAAUAUGGUCAACAGUGGAUCUAAGGUGACCAUCGAACCUGGCUUACCACUCUCCACCGUACUAAGAAAUUAUACCCAAGCCAAUCUUACAAGGCUUGCUGCUGAUGAAGUAAAUCCGUCUGCUGUAGAGUCAAAUCUUCUCAACAUUGACAUGGGCGAAUUAACCUAUAACCCUAGUUUCAAAGAUCUUGCGGAUUCAGAAAUACAUCAUAUUUUGGAGGAUGCCAUGUUUAAGCCAAUAAAACGGCCUCGUCGAUACAGUCGGUCUCAGUUUUAUGACAGCGGACCAAAGCACCCACCCUUCCACCAUCACAUGCGUCUGCAAAUUCGAAGAUUGGUAAGCGAGAGCAGAAGACGCAGAAAAAAGAGUAGACUUCAGCCUCCUAAUGGUUGCCCCGUUAACGGAAGCAAAAUGCCAAUAAGUACCAUCUAUCUCAAUUCAGGACCUAAUCAUCCCCGAGUGACCGUGACAUCAGCUGGUCAGGAAGAAAACGAAGACGAAGGAAUAAUAUUUACGGCUAAGAGCAACAGUCUUGCAGAAACGGAGGAGCCACCUGUUCGCACACUGACUGAGACAGUCUUGCCUUGGAAACGAGAGAAUGAUAUGGCAGACUGCGACCCAGCAAGACCCCAAGAAGAAUUCCCUACGUGGGUAAACAACCGGGAAUAUUAUCCGGGCUAUAUGUCACCAACACAUACCUUUCUCGAAAGUUUGUGUGAUCGUGAACCUAAUGGAGUACAUACUAUCUAUGAAUCCCUAGAAGAAAAUGACGACUGUUUUGAGGAUGACACUAAAACGUCGCCGACUUCUGUGGGAGAAAUCGAACAAAAGAAAAACGAUCAACGUCAAGUUACCAUUGAGGAAAAUGCUCCUGUUGUCCAGUAUCAACCAAGUAGUCCAGCUAGUAUCCAGGAAAGACGACAGUACUUUCGCAACUCUUCUGCAUUCCGAAGAUCACCAGACAGAUUCUCACUGAACAGUUCCCUGUCUGAAGAUACUUCAAGACCUGGGUCAUCAGACAUCAUAAGUAUAGAAUGCCCUGAUGUUGCUUUGGAUCUAGAAAAUGAAACAGAUACUAAACUGUAGUAUCAUUUUAAAUGUAUCUUGAAAUGGUAACAUAUCAGUUCAAACUGAUAUUAAAUUUUUUGUUGUGAUUUUGUAAAAAAUGUCACAAGCCCUUCAUGUGUUUCCCAAAUGCUGCAUGAGUAUGCAUUUUUAAGAGAAACUUAAACUAUAUUAUAAGACAGUUCGGUCAUUGCAAUCACAAAUUGAAACUGAUUGUCAUCAAAAGUUGUUUAAGAUUAUCUGAACGAGCAGUGUAAAUUAUGAUAAAAAACCUUUUUCGCAUUCUGACAUGCAGCGGAUUAGUCGUUUUUCAUUUUUUUUUUUUUUUUUUUUUUAAAUAUUUAUUGCAAAGACACAAAAUGAUCUCUCAUCAACCAGUUAGGAGGGAAAUUAUUACUACAAUAAAUUUUAAAAAGUCUUCCAUGUACUUACAUACAAUGCUUUUUCAUUUUAAGAAUGAAUGUCCAUUCAUUUUAAUGAAAUUUAUUAAAUUAAAAAUAGCUAAAAGAGUACAGAGACAACUAAUGAAGGAUAAGUUCAAGCUAUUUUAGCUAGAGUCAGCUAUUUAACUUAGCAAGUUUCUUCAAAUGUUGAUAUUCUUUUUUCUGAUCUAGGGGAAUGAUUGCAUAUUGUUCUGUAAUUAAAUCUCAUACCAAAACAGAAGGUAAAUAGAAAAUAUAUGAUAUUUUUACUUGAAAUUGGUGUACAAAACAAAAUUUCAGUGUUCAUUAAAUAAACAAAAGAAGUGUUCGUAGAUUUAAAUGGUAUCUUAUGGGACAUUUUGCUGGUUAGAGUGAGAAACAUAACGAAUGACUUAAAAAGCGACCGGUUGCAAAUUAUAUUAUUCGUUUUCUCAUUUUUGUUUGUCAUUUAUUAUGUUAUCAAGCACACUUUUUUCUGGACUUCGUAAACUUUAACACGAACCUGAUGUAGGAAAUUACGGCAUGUGUAUUACAGUAUUUUUACUUAAAGGAAUUUACAUUAAGGUAAACUUUUGGUUUCGAUUUUCAUUUAGUCCACAUACACUAGAGCUUAUACCAAAAAUGACAUGACGAAUUACUUCCUUAUAAAUAACUGAAUAUAGAAAUGAUAAAGAAUUAUUUUCAUAAAAACGUAAACGUUUCGUCGAAUUUAGAUUAUAAUAUAAUAGUUGAUUUAAGAGCUCUGUCUUAAAUUCUGAGGUUCCUAUUGAACUAAGACAAAAGAGGCAAUCAAGUUCUCUAAAAACAGAAACAAAAGCACAUUGUGCAGUAAUUAAUGAAAGAUUUAGUUUAUCGUACGGAAUUUGCAAUUCGUAGAUUGUUCUGAUUUCCAGACAUUCCAUAACACUUCUUGUUUUGGAAGCUUUACGGAGUUGUAAAUUAGAGUAGAUGAAAUUGCUAAAAACAGUAUUAUCAGAAUAACCCCCUUUUCAAGUGGGGUAAAAAAUAUUUUUAUAUGAAAUGCAACAUAGAUCACUGUUGACAAUUUCAAUUUCGCCAUUAGUACUGAGAAUAUAAUCGGACUGUGAAUCAUCCAAAUAAAAUAUCCUAUAAUAUUUUUUAAUGGCUACUUUCUAAAAAUACUAUUUAUUGCUUAUUGAACCGAAUGUAGACUUUCCUGGAGAAAGAAUUUCAUAUAUUUUUCUGAAAUACUUCAGUCCUGAUACGCAUCUACUUCAUGUUCAUCUCUCUCUGAAUGUGACUUUUUUAUCUUAUUCGUGGGUUUAAUCUACUAUAUAAUUGUUAUGCAGUAUCUUUGUUAACUGAAAGCGAAAGAGGAAAUAGUACUAAAGUUUUAAUUCGUUGUUUUUAAUGAAAGACUUUCCUGGAGAAAGACUUUCAUACAUAUUUUCUGAAAUAUUUUCAAUCCUGAUAUGCAUCUAUUUCAUGUUAUCUGCUUCAUGUUCAUUCCUCUCUGAAUGUAAUCUUUUAUCUUAUUUGUGGGUUUAAUCUUUAUAACUGUUAUACAGUAUCUUUGUUAAUUAAAUGUGAAAAUAAAAGUAAAAGAGGAAAUGUUAUCAAAGUUUUAAUUCGUUGUUUGAUCUGAAGUUCCUAUUAAAUAUUAUAAUUAUUUGUAGUUUGUUGGAUAAAAAUUAAGUUAUCUUGAAAACUCAUAUUCUUUUAUUACGUAUUGAUGAGAAGUUAGUUUCAAAUGUAGUUUAUGUAAACUUACGUUGUGAUGUUGUUACUGUAAAUUAAUUUACGUUUUAAUUCCAAAUUUGUUAUCCUAAUGUUAUUUUACAAAAAUUGUUUUGCAUUCAAAUGUUUUAAGGAUAAAAAAAAAUAAAGAAAACUUUUGUACAAA